AAUAAUUCCAGCACUCAUCUCGAGUGUCGAGCUUCUCUCAAUUUCCCGCACUCUCAUUUCUUGUACAGAAUGAUGUCUCCUCGUCCAUCAAGUACUGUUUGACAGCCAUAGUUCUUCUGCCCAUAGCCCACAUUUUUCACUCUCAUUUCCCCCUCAAUUUUUAUAGCCCAUACUAUGCGAAUUGCCCUAAUGUAUGCUAAUUAAUUUCACCUUUAACACAGUAUUUUCCCCAUUUUAUGUCCACUACUUUUUUUCUCCUUACUUUUGUUUCAACCCACUCAUUUUUCCUGCCUGGAAAACCCAUCAACUUGAAGCAAUCGGAGGCUAUCUACUUGUGAUUUUGUGACUGCUUCUUCUAUCUCGAACCAUUCUUCAUUUCCAAAGGCAUCCCUGGAAUUGGGAUAGUAAAUUGAUCUCGACCUCUUGGAUUGGACCAAAGAAGGUAGCAUUUACCGCGUUCAUUUGACAGCUUGAGUGAUCCUUGGAUGUCAGGGUAGAAAGGAAAGCACCUUGCUGACAAGUUCUAGUGGGUGAUAGUGAAAAAAUGGAAGUGAAUAAACCUCUUUCUUUGGAUGCCAACAUGAAGAAUCGUUCUUUAACACCAUUCAGGUUUUUGAGAGGCGUGAUAUGUUUGCUGGUGCUAGUCUCAACCGCCUUCAUGAUGCUGGUGUAUUUUGGUUUUGUGAGUGCAGUUAUAGUACGGUUAUUCAGCAUACACUACAGCAGAAAGUUAACUUCUGCAGUCUUUGCUUCUUGGCUUGCUUUGUGGCCUUUCCUAUUUGAAAAAAUCAAUAAGACUAAAGUGGUCUUCUCUGGAGAGACUGUUCCUGACAAGGAGCGUAUUUUGUUACUUGCUAACCACAGAACUGAGGUUGACUGGAUGUACAUAUGGGACCUGGCAUUGAGAAAGGGUAGUCUGGGUUAUAUCAAGUAUGUUCUCAAGAGCAGCUUAAUGAACCUACCUAUAUUUGGAUGGGCAUUUCACAUAUUAGAAUUCAUUCCCGUGCAUAGAAAGUGGGAGAUUGAUGAACCGAUCAUGCAUCAUAUGCUUUCAACUCUGAAGGAUCCCCAAGAUCCCCUUUGGCUUGCUAUUUUUCCAGAAGGCACAGAUUUCACUGAACGGAAGUGCAUUAGAAGUCAAAAGUAUGCAGCUGAUCAUGGUUUACCCAUCCUCAAAAAUGUUCUGCUUCCAAAAACGAAGGGCUUCUUCGCCUGCAUGGAAGAGUUAAGGGACUCUCUUGAUGCAGUUUAUGAUGUUACCAUCGGGUACAAGCCUCGCUGCCCUUUUUUCUUGGACAAUGUGUUUGGAGUAAACCCAUCUGAAGUUCAUAUUCACAUUAGACGUAUACCAAUCAGCAACAUUCCCGACUCUGAGGAGGAGAUGGGCACUUGGUUGAUGAACACAUUUUGUCUAAAGGACAAACUUCUCUCUGAAUUUCACUCCACAGACCAUUUCCCUAACGAAGGAACAGAGAAUGAACUCCGGAUGAUGAAGUACCUGGUGAAAGUUGUUGCUGCCUUGACUUUAACAAGCAUCUGUACAUUCCUCACCCUUUUCUCUUUCAUCUGGUUUAAGAUAUACGUACUUCUAGUAUGCCUUUAUUUAGUAUAUGCAGCAAAGUUUAACUAUCGACCUUCACCUAUAUUUUGCUUUCCAAAACAAUGGCUUAAGCAAAACAAUGUUAAGCAAUCACUUGAUUAGCGCCUUAAUUAGUAACUUCUACAUGCUCUAUCUAUGUGACUUAAUUAUGUUCAACAUUGUAAUUAGAUUCUGUACUCUGUAUGUCAUUUGGAUGAUACCUGUUUGUCAUUCUACAUUUCUACCAUUGUUU